AAUACUAGACACAGGACAAUGAGCCUAGCGGUGAGAAAGUCCUCACCCGUGGUGGUCAGGCCAUCGCCGGAGCCGGUGACGAUGAGGGGCACCAUCAAACUCUCGUCUUUCGACAAGGGUCUGAACAAUGCUCCGAACACAUCGUUGCUCCUGUUUGAGCAUCCCAUCCAUAACGCUGCCGGGACCAUACAGGCUGCCCUGUCCCGAGCACUGGCCCAUUACUACCCUAUUGCUGGUCGCAUCGUUGCCAGAGGCGGCGACGACGGUGACGAUGCCUACAUCGAGUGCAACGACGAGGGCGUGGUAUUUGUAGCGGCGUCCACCAGUCACGCCCUGAAGGAAGUCAUCUGCUUCGACUGGUCGCCGGACGCGAGGAAGCUGCUCGAUGAGCUUGUCGUCUACUACCCAGCCAUGACGAUCUGUGGCCCCGGUGACCCUCUGCUGAUGGUGCAGGUGACCGAGUUCUCGUGCGGCGGUUUCGUCCUCGGGGUGAUCUGGAACCACGGCGUCGCCGACGGCGCCGGGAUGAGCCAGUUCUUGCAGGCCGUCGGCGAGCUCGCAGGCGGAUUGCCAUCGCCGUCCGUCGCUCCAGUCAGGUGGGACGGUUCGCUCCCGAGCCUCUCUCCCUCCGUCCUCGAAGAGCAGGAGCACAUGCUGAGCCUCGAUCCACUGAACGGCGAUCUCGCCACUCUGGACAUCACCAUCCCCUUGGAAUCGAUUGACCAGAUCAGAUCUGACUUCAGCGGCAGGUUCCAUGACCAGCCAUGCACCACGUUCGAGGCGAUCCUCGCCGUCCUGUGGCGGUGCCGGACGCGAGCAAUCAGGCUCGACCCAUAGACCCCAGUCCUGCUCAUGUUCGUCGCC